GGCUCGGCGGCGUUCGGUGCUGAAGUGGGGCGGAUGGCAGGAAAAACGGCGGCGAUGGACUUUACUCCGCGGGAUUCCCGUUUGCGAUGUCUCUGAACGGACACCGGGACGUCGCAUUAUCGCUCCCGUCGCCCUCGGACACUGACAGCCCGGCGCGAAGCGAUGCUGUACUUGAAUUGCUCCCUCUACUCACAAGUCCAUAAAUGACCCUUUCACCGACAUCCGAGGAAGCCUAGGAGGCGACGUCGAGCGACAAAACUAACGUAGGCUGGUGAAAUAAGGAAACAAGGAGAGGAAGUCCGUGGCCGUCGGUCAGGGAUGGUGAGGCCACUAACUUCUCUUCUCUGUGGUGAAACGAACCUCCCUGCUUUGCCCCGAACCUGCAGCGAGCCAAACGGCCAGUGUGUCGGCCGAACCGACGCCCAGACAGUCCACCGCCCAGUGUCUCCGUCAACCGGCCUGCCAUCGUCCAGCAACCUAUUACCUCACGCCAUGAUUGCUCUGUCUCACCUGAUUUUAGAAACUCAGUAAUUCAUGCCCCGAAGUGUGAGCGGAGUGGAGAUGAGAAAAAGGCAGGCGGCUCACAUCGAGGCCCCCCCGCAGGCCCCUGGACAGCCCCGACCCAACACCUGCUGCCUCUGCUGGUGCGGCUGCUGCAAGUGUCUCUGGAAUGAGGACAGGCUGGAGAGGAGUGAGCGACAGACCUGCACCAAGAUGGACAGUAUUGAAGCUGAAGAUGAUCAAUGCCCCAGUCUGGAGGAGCUGCUGUCGUGGGCCCGGAGCUUCGAGAUGAUGCUGCGCUCGUUGGAGGGCCGGGAGAUCUUCCAGGAGUUCCUGCGCUCGGAGUACAGCGAGGACAACCUGCUCUUCUGGUUGGCCUGUGAGGAGCUGAAGAAGGAGACCAAUCCCACCGUGGUGGAUGAGAAGGCCAGGAUAAUCUACGAAGACUACGUGUCCAUAUUAUCGCCCAAAGAGGUGAGUCUGGACUCCCGGGUCAGAGAAGGAAUAAACCAGAGUCUGGCUGAGCCCAGCAACCUGAUCUACGAGGAGGCCCAGCUCCAGAUCUACACCCUGAUGCACCGCGACUCCUUUCCCCGUUUCCUCAACUCCUCCGUUUACAGAGACCUCCUGGCCAACAGGAGGCGCACCUGCCUCGACCCCUAGACCCCCUUCACUCCUCCCUCAUUGCCAUCGUACACCAACGAGACUACUACUUAAACUUCAAAUACUACUAUGGUGCCAGAAGUCGGGUUUGGAAAAAAAUCUCUCCCUUUUUUGAUUGAAAAGACUGAAUGACGUCUAAGAUAGCUGGUUGUGUUUUUUUUUUUUUUAUUUAUAUUUUUUAAGCAAUUUAUAUCCAGUUCCUCACUGGAGCCAGGUCGGCCUUUGCUGGGUGGUUAUUGGUCGAAUUCAAGACCUUUAAUUCUGGCCAGUGAUUGUUUCGCUCGCAGUUUGUGCUGUUGGUUUCGGUUGACGGUGGCCGACCCACGUGGGUCGAACCGGCCGACCCGUUGGCCAGCUGUCGCUCACCUGUGGACGAGGACUCCUCGGGCGGCGGGGACAGAAAAAGAGAGAGAGAGAGAGAGAUGAAAAAAAGGACAAGCCAACUGUUCCUGUACUGUAAUAUUUAGACCUCAUGCUUUCUAUCCUCACUUCUAAAGUUCUCUCUCUUUCCUCAUUCUCUUUCAGUGUUUUGAUUGUGUUCUUUCUAACUCUAUCCCAUUCCUCAGUAAUUGUUUGAUUUUGUCUUGUUUUCGAUUUUUUUUUUCUGUACUAUCCAAACACGACACCUAGUUGUUGGUGGGAGCUGGAGAGUCUGAGUUUUCUGCCCAGUUAACCAGUAGAAGCACUGGCUCUGCAUGUGACUCUCUCUCUCUCUCGACAGUAGCUUGACGAUGUAAGCCGCGGACUGCAACUGUUUUUGAAUAUUGAGAUGUAUUAUGACGGGGACCUGUCUCUGUCUGGUUGUUUUUGUUCAGUGAAGGGAAGUACACUUCUGCCCAUGUUGAGCAUACUGCCGUUUCGUUGAUGAGGAGAUUUAAUGGCUUCUGCGGCAAAAGCACCUACCCACCCAUCCACCCAUCCACCCACCCAUCCAUCCGUCCAUUUAUCCGUCCGUCCAGGCACUUUCCUUCUUUAGGAUUCUUUAACUGGGAGAAGUAAGGGCUAGAAUUGUGGUUGGGCAGCUACAUGUGUUGUUACUACUCAUGAAAUUUAGACAAAAAAAAAAUAUCUCUUCACUGAGAAAAUCACAAUGCCUUUAACGUGUGAGGAAAAGGCAGCACAGGCGCUGCUGGAGUUUUGCUGGGAAGCAACCACAGUUUGUCCAACGAUCCCUACCUCCCAUCCUGUUUCCCCUCCCUCCAACUCAGACCAUCACAGCCUGACAAGCACAGGUGCCCAAUGUGGGGGGGCUGGAAACCCCCUCCCACCACUGGAUAACACAAAAAGACCCCAACAUUGACUCCAAAAAGUCAUUUGCAUUUUGAAAUUCACGAGCAGAAGAGAAGGGGGUUACUCUCUAGUGUUUGACCUGGAUUUGAGUAUUUGCAGCAGGCACCGAUUUCUAAAAAGGGUCCUCGAGCCCCGACCUUUGUCUGUAAGGCUCUAGCUUCAGAAGCCUGCGGUAAUAUGACAGUCGUAGAAGUUGAACGUCCAUAAUCUCAGUGCAGAUACGAGAACCAGGUGCCAAACAAGAUGUCAGAGAUGCUGUGAGGAGACAUCAAGUGUGACAGGCUGUUCGGGUCUGAUUGUCCAGCACAUGGAGUGAAUGGUUCUCCUUCAGUUAGCUGCUGCCCAUGUAGGACACUUCUGAUUAGUUUGUUUUUUACCAGAGCUAAUGAAAAAGGUCGGCGUAACAAUGCUAACUUGCUAGCCUUUAUGUCCUCAGAAGGCCAACUAGGUGUCAGCCUGCUGUAGGCAAGCAGUUAGCAUGCUUGUGCUAGCCAUGCUAAUCGUCCAUCACACUGCCAGCCCUCACACACACACUCCGGUUUGUCACUUCUAAUCUGACUUUGACAGCAUGCGAUGAUAACAGCUAAUGUGUGUGUGUGUGUGUGUGUGUAUGGAAAAGUUACACACUUAACAGGAAAAAUAAAAUAGAAAAAAAAACUUUAAGCGGGUCUUGCCAAAUGUCCCAUUAACAUUUUAAUUCUACAAAAGGACAUUUUGUUUUUUGACGAUGUGAACAUUUGAACAUUAACUUUGUUUCUGGCCUGUGGACGUGCAGUAGAAAGUGCAUGAGUGCUGUGUGUACUAUUUUCUUGAAAAUGAACUGGCGCCUCCAAGUGUUCUCUUCACGCCACGCGAUGGAGAACCGUCUCGGUUCAGUGGUUAGUGCAGUCUUAAUAAAGUGUCAAUUGAACAGUGCCACUCCUCACUGAUAAAUGUAGGCAUCCAUGUUGCCACCACCUGUAACUACCUGAAGUUCACGUGCCAAGAUUGAUCUAAAUUCAAUUCAGCAGUAGACAACAGGAUGUCGAUUGAAGACAGUUGAAAUGCAAUUUGAUGUUUAGUAGUUUAAACGAUAAUAGAUUAUUGUCUAUUUGAAGCUGUGUCCUAUUAUGUUAGAUUGGUUUUGAAUCAUCUAAUAAAUUGCUACUGUUAAAACCUUUUUCUGUAUCCUGAUACUGGGAAAAGCUUUAAUUUCACCAAUCGAGUGAUCAAAAAGGUUUCUGCCUUUAGUUAGCAGGAACAGAAAACUCACUUUAAAAUUUAGAGUCAAUGGAAUUAUGGGAAUUUGAGUUUUCCUCUAUUUAUUCUCAUACUCAUAAUAUGAUGAAACUGCCAUUUCAAAACCAAGCUAACAUAUUUACAAAAUAAAAAAGAAGUGUCAAAUUGACACUGUAAAGUCAAGAAGUCUAAACCAACCUAACAGUUUUUGUGAUGUUCUUUAUUGAAAAUAUAAAAUAUUUAACCUUUGGCAAUACUCACAUUUCAUUCUACAUUAAUAUCCACAAGGGCUCGAUUGAAACUGCUUAGCUGCUUUACUGAAGAGCCGUGCAUGCAUCAGCCCAGUUGAUCGGAAGCAGAGGAAGACAGACUCGAUAACCGAAUCUGAAUCGAAAAGGAUCAAAUUCUAUAUUUAGUCCCUGGAGCAAGUUUUAAUCUCCAGGAAACAUGGAGAUCAUAUUAGAUGGUUUGUUAUUAGGAUUUCUGAGUCGGCAGAAAGCGCUCUCGCACGCAGAUCUCUCCUCUGCACAGUUCAGCCAUGUUUUCUUGUCGCUGAGUCCAAACAGUGAUUCACAUGAGAAUGUUCCACCAAGAACCAGAUAAUGAACUCAUGGUGCAAUUAAACCAAGUUUACAUUUAUAAAUUGUGAGAUGUGUGUACCUUAAUAAAAUACUCAUAACAGCGGUGGGAGCUAGGUGUCCAGCAGGGCGGUCAGCAGGUCUCAGGCGGACACCGUCCCUGCCCAGAGUGAACGGACAUGUCCACGAGAACCGGGAGAGUUUUUAGAGGGAGGACGGACGCGGCAGGACACCCAGCGUCCCUGCUCACGUCCGUCCCUCUUAAUUUAUUGUGACUUUUACACGGUCGGGGAUGGGGGGGGGGGGAGAGAAGUCCACGGUUGUUUAUUUUUAAUAACUGAAUUUCAAAUGUGGAUUUUACAAGCAAUGAUGAUGAUGUGAAGUGAUGUGUCAUCGCUGGGUUUCAGAGUUUUGUCUUUAAAUUUCCACGGGUUCCAAUCGAGCGGGUUUUUUGGAGACGUGGUUUUUGUUGACUUAAAAAAAAACAAAAAAAGAAAUAAUAAGUUUGAGAGCUAAAGUGUCCUGAUGGGAUGGAAGAGGUUGGCGAAGCUUUGGCCUUACUGACACGUUUUUAUUUUUUUCCUUUGUAUAAAAAAAACAAAAAAAAACAACAAACGUCUCUGUAGGCUUUUCACUACCUCUCAUGUUGGUUAAUUUAUUUCACAUCUAGUUGUCAAUGUACAAGUUGUUUUUACAUCUACUUGAAGCCUAACACUGUAAACAAAAAUGUGCACAGAAAAAAUGACUAUGUUUAUGACCAGGGGGGUUAAAGAGAGCGUGGCCUAGUCAACGUUAUUGUUUUUUGGUUUUGUAUGUAUGUUUGUUUUCAAUUGUGUUGAGCUGAAAUAGAUUUUGCAUCUCUAUAAAGUAUUCAGGAAUCCACUGUCUAAGGGCUAAUCCCAUUUUUGCCUAUGCAAAUCUGUUACUGUGGGUGGGCUGGGAAAAGGGCGAGCUACCGCACCAUCACCUGUUUUAGAUGGACCAUGGUUUACAUUGCCCUUUGCUGAUAUUCUUCAAUCUUACUCAGCAAAAAUGUACGCUUAUUUUUGUUUCUAUAUAAAUAUUAUAUAAAUAUAAAUAUAUAUAUAUAUACAACAAGUAAUAUACAGAGAAAAUAGUAUAUGCCUUCGUGAUGAUAAAAAAAAAAGAAACCUUGCUGAAUACAAAUAAAUGUGUUGUUGUCUGACAUUAUGUGGCUGUGUGCUGGAGUCUUGGUGAGAUGAUGGAGAUGAGUGAAAGGUCAAGGAGCCCAGUAGCUGAUCCUGAGCAGUGUCUCCUCGCUGAGCGGUGAAAGACUUAAUUUAUUCAAGGAGCAAAACACUUCAUGACUGUCUGUGACAAACGUUGUUAUCCAGCCCCACAGCCUGUGGUCUCAAUAAGGUGUUUCCGGGUCACCCAGUACUUUGUCCAUGUCAUUUCUCACUGUAACAUCUUGGUCAUUUAAAAAGCAAGACUGUGUAACUUCUGCUAAAGGAAGCUGGUGACCGAGACUGGACCGAACCGGACCGGCUUCAACGCCAAUACCACCGAGUGUAACAACUAUUUUACCGCUGGUGAUUUUCCUCUGUAAGAGUUCUGGACUCUGUUGUUUCCUCAUGCAAACGUUACAUGGUCUUACUUUGAAGGGCUGAGUCGAGCAAACCUGGAAACAAGCAGAGAUAUUAUUUGGUAUCUGCCUUUGAGAUGUGCACUGUCCAUAGUUACCUUUUUAUAACAAGUUAUUCAUUAAUAAAAAUUAAAAGAAAUUCCACUUACCAUGAAAUAAUUCACUUUUUUGUUUAUUUUUUCCAUGGUUCUCUUUUUGUCACCGGACACUGCACAGCUGUCAUGAACUUUAAACGAACGGAAACAAGUCAUCAGCAAACAGCAGCAGCUUUGUUCCCUCUUCUUCUUCUUCUGGUGUUUGUAGCCACGUCCAGACUAUCACUGUGUGAAUACAGUAGCGUUGAUGCCCAACACAUCAGCAGAAGUGGGGUUUAUCAUGUUUUAUUUUGUAUUAAAUAUUCCAUAAAUGCCAAAUGUAAGAAGAAUCAAACAGUUGAUAGAGGACCGUUCAUUCAGCUAUUUUUUUAUAUUCAUUAUUUUUACAGAAUACUUAGCUCCUGAACUGAAAUAGAAGUAAGAGCACGAGAGUUGACGUUGAACAUAUUUUUCCCACAAUCCCUCACAGCGUUUAUAUAUAUAUAUAUGUAUAUAUAUAUAACACGUGGACAAGGGCAGACGGGUUUAUCCACGGACGUUGGUUUGAAGCUCGACCUGAGUUUGUGUGUUGGAUCAUUGCCUCUUUAAGCUUCACAUCAGACCUCAAUUUCUCUUUUUCCGUCUCACUUUCAGUCUCUCUCUCUCUCUUGGGCUCUCACUUCCUCCGUCUCGUACAUCACACCCGCGACAGUGUUAAUUUAAGUCGGAGCAGGGACGCCCCCACUUUACAGCAAAAAUCGCACUGAUGUUCGAACCGACGCCCUCGUACCGUCUCUCUUUCGUACCUCUCCACAGGAGGUGUUUGUGCUACUUUGGGAAAGAGGUCAUGUUUGAGCAGGAACUGGUUGAAGUUGGCUUUCAACCGUUCUGUUAGGCAAUCAACUUUCUCUUUAUUGAUUUCGAUGCCUAAGCCUCUUUGGUUGUGUCACGCCUUUGUAGAUAGAUCACGAGUAAUUGAGAGAUGAGCCGCAGGUGAAAAUAAAAAUAAAUUUUACUGUCACUUUAGGCAACACAAAAAAAAGGUGACAUUCUUUUCUAUUCAGCAUGCUUUUUGCUAAAUAAAUGAAAUAAUUCAGUUAUUUGCUAUAAACGAUACUGUAUGAGUAUGUAUUCAAGUACUGCAGUAUGCAGACUAUUAAAAAUAUCAGAAACUCUUUUCAGAGGUUCAUAUUUUUCUUCUAGUACGUUUCACUAAUAUUGAAGGUUCUGGGUACUUCUUGUUUUGAGUGUCUCAUGUUUUAGCAGAAGGACUGAAGGACCCUCUUUGUAUUUACAAAUGUAGAUGGUUGGUAAUUUCCACAUGCAUGAAUUGCAGAGCAACUUUUAUCAGGACAGUUCUAGUGCGUUUUGUCCUUCAAGGAUUUUGUCAAGCUCAGCUUUUCACUAUUUCUCACUAGCUGCUAAACAAACUUGUUGGACGACGGCUGAGAAACCGACUUUUAUUUCCAUCAUGGCAGGUUUAAUUCCCCCCUAGUGGCCACUAAUGGUCCAAAGGUGUCGUUGGGGGACAUUGACUUGAGAUAUAAGGCAGAUGUGACUUCUAAGUGUUCAGGUUUCAGAUGCUGAGAUAGGAAGAUUAAAACUCCUGUGCGACUUCCUCAGGGCCGAGCUGCCCUCGAGGAUCUGAGCGCCCUUUAUCCUGACUUUGAAUUUUAUCAAAGAAAACGGAUUGUCGGUCCUUGUGUCCAAACCUCCCGAGGACGCAGGAAUUCUCUUAAUUGUAGCAUUGAAAGGACUUUUUAUUAUCUCAUCGGUCCAACCUUGAUGAAACGCCAUCCCGUGUUGUAGCGUAGCACGGGGGGGGGGGGGGGGGUUAUCUGGCCUUGACUUACAGGGCUGUGAAUUGUGUACUUCAAGACAGAGCCGAUACAAAGUUAACACCACUGAGCCAAUGGGAAUUUGUGCAUUUUGUGAGAAACAUUUAGUUGUAUUUGCAGUUCUCUGCAUGAGAAUACGAAACAGAUGUGACUUAUCGUAUUCCCCAAGGACACUAGAAUUCAAGAUUACAGAAAUGAUUGUGUAGUUUUGGAAAAUGUGAACUCGUUUUCGGUGUGGAUAAAGUUACACAAGCUGUGUUAUACUGUGGUUUGGAUGAGGAGGAGAAGAGUUUGACGUUUUAGAAAACACGUACAUUCACUUUUGUUUGAUGCCGCUCUCAUAUCUGUAUUCUAUGACGCUAGGACCAGCGAGCUCAGGCUAGCUAUCCUGGCAUAGUCCACCUUUAAAGACCACUUAUUUAAUCCUGUUAAAUGCAUAUACAAAUAAACAUGUUUUAAAAACAAUGUAAAAGGAACAAAUUUGUGUUUUUGAUGUGUGAUCAGACUUUCUGACCGUCCUCCAGCUUCAUGAAUCACAGAGCUGGAGUUGAUUUCAAGUGAAUGAACGUUCUGCCAAAUGUCUAUUCCUUCAAAAAACAUUUUUUAAAUAAUAAUUUAGCUGAAUUCAAUUUUAACAACACAAAGAAAGAGGCUUGUGUUUACCUGACACAGUGAUCAAUGCAACUGUCAUCUGAUGUAAUGUGCCAAAAAUUAUAAUCAAUGUGAAGGGGGGUUCAGAGGAAUUGUUGGAAUAUAAGAUCACAUGUUCUGAAAAUGUUCCUUAUGAAACACAUUUUGUUAUUUGUCAUGUCACGUUGUUGCUGCCGUACGUUUAUUUUGUUUCUCUGAAUCGACCACGUUAGAAAAUAAUCGACUUCACAGACCUUUGUAAAUGUACAUUGAACAUUUUGCAUUGUCACUGAUGUGGACUCAGAUCCAACUGUGUAACAAAAGAAGCUGUUCACUGUUUUUUAUACUGUUUUUAAUUUAUUUCAACAAAAGGUUUCAUUUCUUUUUUUUUACUUCGAUUUGAUCUCAAAAGACACAAUUAUGUUUUAAUUUCACGUUAACAGCAAAUUCAGUUGUUCUCCAUCUUGUUCUCCGGCUCAGUCUCUGUCUUUGUUUACACGAUGACAUCCUGGAUUACGAGAAAACUCCAAACUCUACAGUAACUGCCCUUGAAUAUCUGUAAUUUAAAUAGUGCUGCUAGAGAAAGAAAUCUAAAUGUAACAACUUACAAUAAAUAAUUAAUAGAUUUUU